CAUCUCUGUGUCUGAGCUCUCCCAUCUGAGCACAGACAUUAAAAUAGCACGGCCUGACUUUCUGAAGUGUUCAGUGAAUGCAAAGCCUUCUGCUGUGAAUGGGACCUGGAACCGAUCAGUCCUUCGAAAAUGAGAUCAGUCCUGUUUAAAGGAGGUAUGGAGCUGGGACGCUGAGGUAAGUGUAGAGACCUAGGAAAGAAGAACUGUGACACACAGCUCAAGAGAGCCACCUGGUACAGUUGUAGAAUCCGGAAAAUGGCAAUGUAUUCUUAAGCCUGUGGUGUUCUCCUGAUGCUUUCAAACACCAUCAAAAAGAAAAAGCGCUGUGUGGUGCUGCGGUUUUUGAAGUCUCCCCCAAACCAGAAUAAGACUUCAGAGGAAAUACUACACCAUCUGCAAAACAUCGUAGACUUUGGAAAACAUGUCAUGAAGCAGUUCUUUGGGGAGAAUUAUGUUCACCAUGGGGAAAUUAUUCAACUGCCUUUAGACUUCGUGAGACAGCUCUGUUUAAAGAUUCAGCCAGAGAGGCCAGAGUCUCGCUGUGAUAAGGAUAUGGACACACUUAGUGGUUAUGCAAUGUGCCUUCCUAAUCUUACCAGGCUGCAGACCUAUCGUUUUGUGGAACAUCGGCCAAUCCUCUGCAUAGAGAUUAAGCCCAAGUGUGGCUUCAUUCCUUUUUCCAGCCAUGUUUCACAGGAGAUAAAACACAAGGUGUGUCGUUACUGUAUGCAUCAGCAUCUAAAGGUAGCAAACGGAAAAUGGAAGCGACCAAGUAAAUAUUGCCCAUUGGAUCUCUUCUCAGGAAAUAAACAAAGAAUGCACUUUGCUUUGAAGAGCUUAUUACAGGAGGCACAGAACAACUUGAAAAUAUUUAAGAACGGGGAACUAAUUUAUGGCUGUAAAGAUGAUCAGGAAUGUGUAUCUGACUGGAAUGAACUUGCUCGUCACUUAAAACCUUUCUUUUUCCCUUCAAAUGGAUUGGUCAGUGGACCACACUGUACAAGGACAAUUGUUAAAGAACUAAUCCAUGUUAUAACUAUGACGCUACUAAGUAGUACUGAUGCCUGCAGGGCAGGUGAUAUGAAGACAGUUCCCAUUUCACAAGGAAGAAGCUACUGUGAAGCAAGUGCUUUUAAUAAGGAGCUAGUAAGAAAUGGUAAACAUAAAUUGGAAAGCUCUGGCUUACCAAAGGGUUGUCUCCUUUAUAAAACCCUUCAGGCUCAGAUGCUUGACAUGCUGGAUAUUGAAGGACUCUAUCCUUUGUACACUAGAGUUGAACAGUACUUAGAGGAGUUUCCUGAAGAGAGAAGUACAUUACAGAUAGAUGGGCCUUACAAUGAAGCAUUUUAUGAGAAGCUGCUAGAUCUUUCAACUGAAGAUGAUGGGACAAUAGCAUUUGCAUUAACAAAGGUGCAACAGUACAGAAUAGCAAUGACUGCUAAAGACUGCUCCAUCAUGAUUUCCCUUUCACCUUGUCUACAAGAUGAAUGCUCUGAGCAAAGACCUGUGGUACUAGCAUCCAAAUCAAGAUUCACUUUUUCUGUUUCUGUCCUGGACCUUGACCUUAAACCCUAUGAAAGCAUUCCUCAUCAGUACAAACUCGAUGGCAAGAUAGUAAACUAUUAUUUGAAGAAUGUACAGGCCAAAGAUGACCCAGUUAUGUCCAGUCUCUUCAAGGAGAACGAAGACUGCACAUUAGUUCUCCACAAAGUGUAACUGUUUCCUUAAGGUUAUUUUCAUUUGAGCACACUGCAAAGUGAGAGAUUAAUGGAAUACAAUUAUGGUGAUUUUUUUUUUCUAUUGUGUUCGGUGCAUUUUUCAGCUGUGAAUGUUUUUUGCUUUAAGAAAUGGUUUCUAAUUGGUAGGCCUUUUCAAAGACAUGGAAUAGCACUAAAACAUGCAUUUGCUAUGUAACCUAAAUGAAUGUAUUUAAUGUGACAGAACAGAUAAUGUGCCAUACCUUGAAGCUAGAGGACAGAUCUAAAUAAUACUAAAUGUCCACUUCCUUAGAAUUGGAAGAGCACAAAAUUACAGGUUUCCUGAGGUGUUGCACUAACAUAGAAAACCUAAUUACUAACAAGCGAAUUGCCUUGGCGUUUGUGCUCAUACCUGCUAGGAAGAAGAAAUGCUCUGACAAAACCUAGUAUUAAACUUUAGCAUUAAGUCCACUGAAAAUACAACUGAAGUGGCUAUUCAAGUGUUACUGAUCUAUGGAACUACCAUGUUAUUGCAGAACACUUAAGUACUAAUGCAUGAGGUUAAGAACAACCAGACUGCCUCCAGAAGUUUUGUGAUCACUUUGUAUCUACCUAAAGCUUCUGAAACUAAGUGAAAAGGGUUAAAGGUAAGCAGUUUUGAAUUUUAUGUGACAGCUGAGCUUAACUUGUCUGACAUAUUGGUCUUUUAUUUUCUAUAUGUUACAUGCUGCUAUUUAAGGUGAAACCACAGCUCACUCUUACCUAAUAGAAAUUGAGCGAUAGGAAUGAUAUAUUCUGAAUUUUCCAGAUUACUUUAGGUCUUUUAGACCGUGUCAAUUGCUUUUUGCAUUUGUGUGGCAUUAUUUCACUGACAUCCCACCUAUUGCGUAGCAUGGCCAUCCACUUUCAGGCUUGUUCUUUUUAAGUGACAGAAAAAAAUGUGACAGCAUCAGAAGCUGGAGGGUCACUUUCUCAUGAUGAGUACUGGAACUAAGUUUUUAUCACUACUUCAGCAACUUAACGAUGACUUUACCUUGUAAACAUCGAUAUGUACAGCUGAAAGCCUGUGAGAUGUUGCAGUAAGCCAUUGGCAAAGAAGAUCCUGAGUUGGAAACUGAGGAUACACUCAAAACUGUGGGUAGUGUGAUAAAAUCUAUAGCCACCUUUCCCACAUGCUUGGGAAUUACACUCCCUAAAAUGUGCAGAGAGAUGCUAUUCAAGCUACAGUGAACUGCUAUGUUGUUAUCUGUAUACAGUUACUGUUAGCUGUAUACAGUAUUACUGGUAAUAUUUUUUCAAAAUAAUGUAGGUUAACAUUUUUAAAAACGUAUUUAUAUUAGGAUCUCAAUGUGAUGUUUGAGUUACUCCAUUUUACCUGAAACUUAAAAAGCAAAACUGUAAAAUGCUGUAGAUUGGCUCAAAUCAAGGAAGAAAUAUGAAAUGCAGAAUAACACCAAUCAUAUAGCAGUAGGGCUUUGUAGUGGGAAGUGAAUUGUAUUAGCAGGCUUAUAGUCCGCUUCCAGGUGAUAGUAUGCCUUUCUGGAAUAGGGUCAUUACUUAAAUGUGAUACUACAACAGUGUAAUAAGCUUGUAGUUAACAAUGGUAAUAACCCCUCCUUUUCAAAGAAAACCAGGGGAAAAGAGGUCUGUUUUUUAAUAUCAGAAACCCUCCAAUUGUUAGAGAAGUUUGGGAAAGAUUAUCUGCAGCUGAAAAGGUUUUGUUUUUUUCAAUGCUGUAACUUUAAACACAUUUCGUAUGCAAACAGAAGUGUGUUUACUGAUAAACAGUUUCAUUUUCAUGCAAGAAAGAGAUAAAGAUGAAAUAAAGUAAAGGUUGCACAAAACUAGCUAAACCAGUAAUAUGUCAGUGGGUAAAGUAGCAAUGAAUUUUGCCUUGUCUGCUGCAUUCCAAACUUGAAAUUAGUCUGCCUUAUAUCUAAUGAUAUAUUUUACAGAGCUGCUGUUCAUCAAAACUUAAUCUCUGGCAUUGUUCCACUGUAGAUUCUAACACAAACCUAUCUGUUCUGUCAGUUUUUCCUAACCUUCCAGAACUGUAGGAGACUAUUUCAAUGAUCACAUAGUGGCUUAUUAAAACUAUGGUGUUAUAAACAUACUAUGGCUUUGAAAUUAGUAGGUUUAAUUCUUGAUUUCUACACCUAUUUCAUGACUGCUGCAUACUUUGUCAUAAGUAACAUAUAGGUCAGGCACUAGCACUGCUUUUGCAUGAUUAUAGCAGCUAUGGACUUGAAAAGGAAGUCUUUUAAAAUUACUCAAGAUUCCACAUAGUUUUUAUCUUUGAUCCUUGAUUCUAGGAACAACUGUUACACUCUGUAAGAAGUAUGCGAUUUCAGGUUGUAUAGGUUUGGUUUGGACAAUGCCAUUUGGUUGUGAUAGAGCAGGGCAUUAACUCUUGAAAAACGCUGCCAGUUCACAAAUCAGCUAAUGGUACCUCUGAUGGAAGUGAAGGAAGAUUACAAGAUGUCUGUUCUGUUUUGCUUCUUCAGGGACAAAGGUAUGAAAUGUGGUGCUUUCAUAGUGUAUUAUCUACUAGAAUUUUUCCCAUAAGUAAAACAAACAAAAAAUUAACUAAUGUUCACAGCAAGCAGUACUGAACUCACCCACUUCUUGUUAUGACAGUAUAAUGGUCCAUUCUUGUUUAGUUUAAUGCUGUUUCUACCCAAAACUUAUGCUAUGGAAAAAAGUUACUUCAGACAAUUACAUUUUUUUAGCAUAAUAUUUCUUGAAAAUCUUCAAAUUAUUUGCCUGCUUCCAGCCUAAUUUAAUUAGAAAGCUAUUUAACUCUUUGUUCUAGGAGUCUCUUACUGUUCUCUAGUCAUUUUAAAAUCACUGUACUUUUACAGAGCUGUGAAUGAAAUUUCCACUUUUUAUGGACUUGAUUUUGACAGUGCAUGAUCUUUUAACACUUUCCAGCUAUCUAGAAAAUGUUAAAAAGAUAAACCACUCUGGUACAUUAAUGAUUCAGAAAGAUAAAUUUAUAAUGAAAUCACUCUGUACAUGUAACUAUUUUAUUUGGCAUUUUUGUAUUUAAAUGGCUGUAUUUAUUUUCAUGUCAUGACAAUUUAUAUAUAACGUGCCAUAAUUGUACAGAUAGCAUGUUUUAUGAGUAUGGUUUCUAAAUGGAAAAUAACUUAAUGUUUAUAUUCAAUAAAAUUAUAGACUGCAUAACA